AUUAUAACCUAAUUCUACAAGACAGUAAGUUUUUCUAAACGAAGUAAAUAUGAACCUAUUACAAAAUAUUUCGGUGACAUUGAUGUUGUUGUUUAGUUAUUUAUCAAGUCUUAAUUCUACUAUAUUUAAUAACGAAGUGAAUCAAUGUACAAUACCUCCGGAAUUGCAAAAAGAAAUCGCUUCCUACAAGACUGUUGUUAAUCGAAUUAUACAUUCCCUUCUAGUCGGUGAUUUGCAAAAUACAACGUACCGGCGUUUAGCGGAGUUUAUAGAUAAGUUUGGAAAUAGGAUUGCUGGUUCAGAAAAUUUAGAAAAUGCCAUUGACUACAUGUUAAAUAAGUCGGUGGAACUUGGGUUAGAAAACGUACACUCAGAAGAAGUGUAUGUUCCCCAUUGGGUUAGGGGUAACGAAUCAGCAGUUUUAAUACAACCAAGAUAUCAAAAUUUAAACAUGCUUGGUUUAGGGAGUAGUGUAGGAACUCCAGUUGAUGGCAUAACUGCAGAAGCUGUUGUUGUUGAUUCUUUUGAAGAAUUGGAAAACAUUGCUGCACAUGUUUAUGGGAAAAUAGUGAUUUUUAACGAAAGGUACAUAAGUUAUGGUGAAACUGUUAAAUAUCGUCAGUUUGCUGCAAGUAAAGCUGCAGAACAAGGAGCUGUUGCUACAUUAGUAAGAUCCAUUACACCAUUUUCUUUGAAUACCCCUCAUACUGGCUGGCAAGACUACUCUGAUAAUGUGACCAAAAUACCAACUGCCUGUAUUACUGCAGAAGAUUCUCAUAUGUUAAGACGAAUGCAGGAUAGAGGUGAAAGAAUUAUAAUAAAAUUGAAAAUGGAAGCUCAAACUUUUAGCCCCAAGUUAUCAAGAAAUACUAUAGCAGAAAUAAAAGGUGGUGAGAAACCAGAAAAGGUGGUGGUUGUUUCUGGACAUUUGGAUAGUUGGGACGUUGGAGAAGGGGCAAUGGAUGAUGGUGGGGGUGCUUUUCUUUCUUGGAAUUCAUUAGUAAUUUUAAAAUAUUUGGGUUUAAGACCAAAAAGGACAUUGAGGGCUAUUUUGUGGACGGCAGAGGAGGAGGGCUUAGUUGGAGCCCAAGCUUAUGUAAAAGCCCAUAAGAACGAAACUCAAAAUUUUAAUUUUGUUAUGGAGUCAGACGAAGGCACUUUUACCCCCCUUGGCCUCAAGUACACUGGAAUUCCUGACGGAAAGUGUGUUUUGGAGGCCAUUUUAAGUUUGCUGAAAGAUAUUAACACGACAACAGUCGAAGAACCUGCUGAUGGUGGCCCAGACAUUACGUUUUGGCUUUCAGAGGGAAUUCCUGGAGCCAGUUUGUUGAAUCGUGCAGAAUCUUAUUUUUGGUAUCACCAUAGUGCUGCUGACACUAUGGAUGUGGAAGAUCCUGAAGCUUUGAAUCUUGCAACUGCUCUUUGGGCUUCGGUGGCCUACGUGGUGGCGGAUAUCACUGCUGAUAUGCCGAGGAAACCCGGUCAGUUCCUUUAGUGAUGUUGAAUCAUUUGUCUUAUCUUUUUUAAUGUAAAUGUAAUCACUGUUUUAAUAAGUAGUUUUUGUUAUUCUUGGUAGUAAUCUUAUUGGUCAGUCAUUUGACUUUCAUUUAAGUACGUUUUUUUAUACUUCUGUUAAUAAAUUUCUGCUUGUGUGCAGUUUGUAAAAGUAGCGAA